CUCAUUUAUCCCCACUCAGUGCUGUGAAUUCUACCACCUUAAUGGCGCUAACAUCUAUCCCCUCCUCUAUUCCCACUGCCAAUGCCUUAAUGUUCUUAUCACUUGUCUGGAGUACUGCAAUGGCCUAAAAAUGGGUCUCCCUGCCCCAAGCCUUGCUUUUCCUGACCAUUUUCACUUUCUACUUUUACUCCUGAAGCUGCUUUUGCCUGGACUUAAGUCCUUCCCAAUCUGUCUCCUCCAACACCUGCACGGGUGAUCCCCUACCUUGCUCCAGCGCCGGGGAUAACUGACUCUCCUAUAUCAGCUAGAGUCAGACCUGCACCCGGAUUUCUAGGACUCUUAUCUAUCUAGAUAGAUAAACUUAUUUUUUGAGACAGUGUCUUGCUCUCACUGCAGAGGCUGGAGUGCAGCGGCGCGAUCACCGUUCACUGCAAUCUUGAACUCCCCAGGUUCAAGCGAUCCUCCCACCUCAGCCUCCCGAGUAUCUGUGACCACAGGCGCGCGCCAUCAUGCCCAUCUAGUUUUUGUCUUUUUUGUAGAGACGGGGUUUCACUAUGUUACCCAGGCUGGUCUCGAACUCCUGAGCUCAAGCGAUCCGACCACCUCGGCCUCCCAAAGUGCUGGGAUUACAGGCGUGAGCCACCAAGUCAAAUACGCUUUAUACUUACAAAGUACCUUUGCAUACCUUAUUUCAUUUUCACCUCACAAUUCUCCAGCGUAGGCUGGACCGGUAUUAUUAUGCCCAUUUACAGAGAAAGGAAACUGAGAGUCAAGGCUGGGACAGUCACACCCUGCUGCGAAGUUAACAACCGUCACUUAGCAGCCUCGACGUUAACCGCGCUCUCAGCCCUUUCCGGUCCUACUCCUUGGAGAACCUUCCUGCACCUCCAAGAACUUGCCGAUAGGGUCUGCGGCGGUCCGGACAAGAUCACUCCACAGGCGCCCAGGACCUUCCCAUCCGUAGUGACGCGCGCCGGUGACGCCAUACAGUGACGUGCGGUGACGCGACUUACCCCGGAGCCAGGUGCCGGUAGGGCAGCCACACCCUGGGGCCCCCUGCUCUGGAGGGGCAGCGGUUAGAGCCGGUGCGGAAAAGCCGCCAAAGCCGCCUCAGGCGACUUUCUAGGCCUGCACCCCGGGAUCCAGCAGCCCGCGGUCGAUCGGUUGCUAAGUGACGCCACCGCGCAGUGGCGCGUGCGCGGCCACGGCGGAGUGCGUGAAAGCGGACGCGCGCCGCGGCAGCCGGGGCGGCGGCGAGGACGGCGGCCACGGCAGCGGCGAAGGGGGCGGUGGCGAAGAGGGGGGUGCGGAGCGGGCGGAAGAGGCGUCUGUGCCGGCUGCUAGGUCGCAGACGAACAUCGUUGGGAUCAGCGACUAUCAUCUGUUCCACAAGAUGAGUAACAGCCACCCUCUUCGCCCCUUCACUGCAGUGGGGGAAAUUGAUCAUGUGCACAUUUUGUCUGAACAUAUUGGUGCCUUGUUGAUUGGGGAAGAAUAUGGCGACGUCACAUUUGUUGUGGAAAAGAAACGUUUUCCUGCCCACAGGGUAAUUUUAGCAGCCAGGUGCCAAUAUUUUCGAGCGUUAUUGUAUGGUGGAAUGCGAGAGUCUCAGCCUGAAGCAGAAAUUCCUCUCCAAGACACCACUGCAGAAGCAUUCACAAUGCUACUCAAAUAUAUCUACACUGGGCGGGCAACGCUGACAGAUGAGAAGGAGGAGGUGCUGCUGGACUUUUUGAGCCUGGCUCAUAAAUAUGGAUUUCCAGAGCUAGAGGAUUCUACCUCUGAGUAUCUCUGUACCAUACUGAACAUUCAGAAUGUCUGCAUGACUUUUGAUGUUGCCAGUCUCUACUCACUUCCCAAGUUAACUUGUAUGUGCUGCAUGUUUAUGGACAGGAAUGCUCAGGAGGUGCUCUCAAGUGAAGGUUUCCUCUCCCUUUCUAAGACAGCACUUUUAAACAUCGUGUUAAGAGAUUCAUUUGCAGCUCCCGAAAAAGAUAUUUUCCUAGCCUUAUUAAACUGGUGUAAGCAUAAUUCAAAGGAGAAUCAUGCUGAAAUCAUGCAGGCUGUACGUUUACCUCUCAUGAGCCUCACAGAGCUUCUGAAUGUUGUGAGGCCUUCGGGACUGUUGUCUCCUGAUGCCAUCCUAGAUGCCAUUAAAGUGCGAUCUGAGAGCCGGGAUAUGGACCUCAAUUAUAGAGGCAUGCUCAUACCAGAAGAAAACAUUGCAACUAUGAAGUAUGGAGCCCAAGUUGUAAAGGGGGAGCUGAAAUCAGCCUUAUUAGAUGGUGAUACUCAAAAUUAUGAUUUGGAUCAUGGAUUUUCAAGGCACCCAAUUGAUGAUGACUGCCGUUCGGGCAUCGAGAUUAAGCUAGGUCAGCCGUCCAUUAUCAAUCACAUACGGAUACUCCUGUGGGACCGAGAUAGCCGGUCUUAUUCAUACUUCAUUGAAGUGUCAAUGGAUGAACUUGACUGGGUUAGAGUGAUAGACCAUUCCCAGUAUCUGUGUCGUUCUUGGCAGAAAUUAUAUUUUCCAGCCCGUGUCUGCAGGUAUAUUCGAAUUGUUGGAACUCACAACACAGUGAACAAGAUUUUUCACAUUGUGGCUUUUGAAUGUAUGUUUACAAACAAAACCUUCACUCUUGAAAAGGGGCUGAUAGUUCCCAUGGAGAAUGUUGCAACAAUUGCUGAUUGUGCCAGCGUGAUUGAAGGAGUCAGUCGGAGCCGAAAUGCCUUGCUGAAUGGGGACACUAAGAAUUAUGAUUGGGAUUCUGGCUACACAUGUCACCAGCUAGGAAGUGGUGCGAUUGUGGUUCAACUAGCACAGCCAUACAUGAUUGGGUCAAUACGGUUACUACUGUGGGAUUGUGAUGAUCGAAGCUAUAGCUACUACGUUGAGGUUUCUACCAACCAGCAACAGUGGACCAUGGUUGCUGACAGAACUAAAGUGUCCUGCAAGUCCUGGCAGUCAGUGAGUUUUGAAAGACAGCCUGCUUCCUUCAUCCGUAUCGUUGGGACACACAACACAGCAAAUGAGGUGUUCCACUGUGUCCACUUUGAGUGUCCAGAGCAGCAGAGCAGCCAGAAGGAGGAAAAUAGCGAGGAAUCGGGGACGGGGGACACCAGUCUGGCCGGUCAGCAGCUCGAGUCCCAUGCCCUGCGGGCGCCCAGUGGCAGCUCACUACCCUCCAGCCCAGGCUCCAACUCACGCUCCCCCAACCGGCAGCACCAAUAAAGGAGGCAGCGGGCCUGGUGUGACUUGGUGGGCUUGGGCGACGGCAGGAAAUGGUCUCCUCCCUGAGCAGGGGUCUUUGUUGACUGCCCCCGCCCCUGCCCCUUUCCAGGGAGGAGCUGCAAAAGCAGACACCGAACAGGUUUCCUCCCAAGGACAGAAAGGGGCUGCUUUGUUCUUCUCAAUUGUCCAAAUCAGGCUGGUCUCGAGGGGGAGAAAAUGGGUCUUCAAUCUUCAUCAAGUCCACCAUUAACACCCUACCUCUCUAAUCUAGCCCAGGCGCAGGGAACGGGAGGAAGUCACAGACAGGCCUGUGUUGGAAUACAAAAAUGGCAGACCAACGCUCAGGCGGAGGAGACAGCGCCAGGCCUUUGCUACCUGGAGCACCCUUUAGGAACGGGCUUCCUUAGAGUGUUCAUUCUGCUGGAAAACAUUGCCCUGGCAACCAAAUGAUUUUGUUUUUCUCUUAGUUAUUCUCCAGUCAGUGAAUCUUACGUGUUCCAGAUCUAUUUGAAAUGCUCAAGCAGCAAAUCACUAGUUUUAAUCCCUUUUGAUGCUAUAAUUUUCCUUCCUUGGUUUUGAAUGGUUCAGCUUGGGGGGACAGAGGCCCAUCAUGCAUGUCUCCUAAAUGAGACACGGAUGUGGCUCAUCCUGGCACUUGGGCCACAGAGGAGGUUCCGCAAAUGCACACGAGCAAAUCAACCUGUGGACACUGGAGUUAAUAGUCACUCGUGUGGCUGAGUUAUUCACCUGUCAUUCCUGACAUGGAUCCAGCCUUUAAGCUUGGGAGGCUGACAAGGAAAUAGUUACUAUGUCCGCUGCUAAUUCACUGUUCAGAAGUCCAUGUAGAUAAACAUAUACCGAGUUCUGGCAUGGCCACACCUGCCGGGGACUGCCAUGGCUUAGCCGCCCCUGCAGUUGUGUUUAGUGGAGCAUUGGAGAGGCAGCCACCUGCCCAUCAGCGUCGGGAACGCAGAACUGGGACUCCGUGCUUCCCCCACACCACAGUACUCAACUGGGGAUUGAAAAAUAGCAAUUCUAAGAAGCUUUUCUCCUAAUCCUCAUCGAAAGGACCUCAUUUGAUGAUGGUGGUUUGAUCUGGCUCCGUCUCUUACUUAGUGAUUUCCAUUCCAGUGCUGCCUACCCUGGGUAACUGUGGACAUCAUUGCCUGUCCCUCUGCUGUCUCCAGAGCUCCUGCCUCUGUCGCCAUCAGCAUCAGCCUGGGAGUCUCCCCAGGACGGCACGGCACGGCACACGGGCAGCACCGCGUCCCUGGGUCCUCGGCGCCAACCUGCAACCCUGAUCAGAGGAGGGUGAGGGCGUGGGAGUUUCCUUUCAGUGUGUCAAAGACAUACCAGCUGCGCUCCAAAAAGAGCCAACAGGUCAGCCGCUUCCUCCUAGUUUAACUUGGUUUUGAGUUAUUUGUCCAUAUGGAAAUAGUAGGGUAGCAUCAAAUUGCAUGAUUAAAUUGGAAGACUGUCUUUCCGUGUGAACACAGGAUAGCAGACAUCAGAGGGCCACUGGGUCAGGGCGGACAUGUUCCUGGGGAGAAGCCAGGCUCCGCAGCUCUCCAUCCUCCUCAGUGGCUCCAGCUGCAGGGCUGAGCUGCUUCCUGUCCCCUCAACUCUGCUCUCUGCCACUCCCUGUUGUGUGGGUGAGCGGAACACCCCUGGGGCGCCAGGCAUUCCCUAAUGGGAGGAGGCUCCUGUAAGGAACAGUGGGCUCCCGUUCCCAGUGGGGGUGCUGGCUCUGUCAGCCCCCAGCCCCAGGUUGCCAGUUAGCCAGGGAGCCCCUGCGCACUCAGCACUUCCUCCCCCAGUGUGUUUUCUACCCAGAGGGGGACAGAGGAGCCAGAUCAGUCAUACCAAGGGCAGAGUUCAAACAUUUUGAAAGAACCAUUCACGUGCUUCUUUUUAAACAUGGGCAUCGCCUGUCCAGAGGCCCCUGGCCUGGAGCAGCAUGCUGCUGACCUUGGGAAGAGAGGGGGUGCUGGUGUGGGGGCUGGAGGGGCUACCCAGCCCUGCAUCUGCAACCCUCCAGUCCCCUGCCCGCAGAGCACACAGAGCCCCCCUGUGCUCCGGGAACUAGACAGCAGCUUGGCAGCUCGGCCUCGCGUGAGCAACGGAAUACGCUUCAAAGCCUCAGCCCUAGACCCACAUCUGCAGCUCCCUGGCCUGUGGCAGCUCUUUCCUUUGGGGCAUGCCCUUCCGAUCUCUGUCCUUCCUGCUUCCAGCACUUUAAAGAUGCCCCUUAUCAUCAGAUAAAGAGAAGUCAGGGGAAGGUGGGGCAGCACUAACAGCUGAUGUCACUGGUGAGGACUGAGGGCAGUCUCAUUCCCCCACAGCCGUGCUGCCAGCUCGCCUCCCCUCACUUUGCUGGGAGCCUGCCCUGGACUCCGGAAGGACACCAGGCUGGGGUCCACCUCCUUUCCCAGGCUGGAGGGGUACUGCCCUUCCCCAGAGGGUCUUCUGAAUGG